UUCUGUGCUGUUAGUAUCACCGGUCAAUGUAUAAUAUAAUAUUACGAUGUUCAUUGCUUGACGUCAACGGGGUUGGGGGACCGGAAUUGUUGGAAUUAGAAAUGUAAAAGUGUUUUGGAGCGUUUUCCAUUUAGAACGUAAUACCUCGGCUAACUCCUAAUACUACUGUGUUACCGUCAUCCGAAUUGAAAUUCGUAUUUUGUAAUGUCAACUGAAGUGAACGAUGUACAAUAUCUAGGGUUGCAGGAUUAUUAAUUGUAAAAACCGUACGACAAUCUACUAGUGUUAAUAUUGUUAUGUUAUGAUGGAUUCCAAUAAUGAUUCAACAGACACACAGGAUUUCGAAGAAAUUGUCGAGGAAGCCUUAAUUCACGUCACCGUGGAUAAUGCUGAUGAAAUAUCCAUUUUAAAUGUAAACAGCAAUGUCCGAGUGUUAGCCGUGGACUCAGAAACUCCAGUAUUACAAAUCGAAAACAAGAUUUUCCAUUUUAACGAAUGGAAGUAUAUAACUGGGACUGCUAUGUUUUUCGAGCGGAAAAACGAGGUGAAAAAAAUUGAUCCUCUAUAUGAUAAUAGAUGUGGUACUGUUUUACAAUAUAUAGGUUCCACUCGCAAAUGUUUAGAGAUGACAAAAAAGGAAAAUAUGAAUACACAAUAAUUUUAUAUUUUUUUUCUACUAAUUUAACGUAUUGUAAAUUGAUAUUUUUAAUUCUAACAUCUAUGUAUGUUUUAAACAAUUUUGUACAUUAU